CCGAGCAUCUCUACGCACAUGCAAUAACCAUAGCAAGACAUUACACUUAUGUAUGAGUGAACUUGAUAUCUUCAUAACAAUUGAAUAGCGGAAGAAAUUUAGCCUGAGCCAGCAUUGCAGGCAUCGAUAUCCGCCUCAUACGACCCAAGGGGUUUACCUGUGCACUGUGUACUUCCGGUACCCUAAACAACAUACAAGGCGGAAAGUUCUAAACUGAAACAAACCAAUGGAGAAUUUGUGGCAUCUCCGCCGCGUUGCGGACAACGCCGCCAAAGCUUGUUGGAUAUGCUAUAAACCAUCCACAAGUGUCCUGAUUACACCCUCCAAUAAGGACUUUUUCUACAUCUGUGCUGGACACUUGACUGAUCGAGGGUUCUGUCAGCCAGAGGCUGAGGAGGCUAAGAGGGUUGCGGAUCAGAAAAAGCAAGAAGAGUUAGAUCGCGAGAUCGAAGCUGUUAAAAAGGAGUAUGAACAGAAACAGCAACUCAAACGUGAAAAGAGAAAAUCAAAGGACAAGGAAAAGGAUAAGGAGAAAGAGAAGGAAGAAAAGGCCAAGGAAGAAGACGAAGACAAACAGGAUGAGAAAGCCAAAGAAGACAAGGCCAAGCUCUCAAAGACAAAAGAGAAGACUCAAACCGAGCUCAGUCCUCGUAUAUUCCAACUAAACAAAAGCUUCUACCAGAUGAGGUUGGACAAACUCCGAAAUGCCGAAAUCGCCAAAAGAAACCGCGAACGGCUAAAUGACCCUAAGAAUUUCCCAUCGGUACCUAGUGGUAAUCCUUAGUCGCGUGUCAUGGUCAGCCACAUUGGGGACAGCAGUAAUACAACAGCAAUGCCUCAGCUAUCAGCUGUGCUUCAUCUGUAUAGAAUCCUUCUCGUAUCUAUAGUUCAUAGGUGGGGGUGGGGGGGGAGUGCAUCUA